AUGGACGACCGCCGCCGCCAGCCCCGCAGCAGCGGCCACGCGCUCGCGACCACACAGCGGCCCCCGCCACGUCGGCCGUCCGACAGCCACCCGCCGGCUGCCGUACGCGUUCUGCGCGCGUCCCCGUCCCGUCCCUCGUCCGCGCCACUGUCCUGUCGCGUGUCCAACAACUUUAGCAGCGGCGCGGGCGCCAAGAACAAGCGCGCGGCGGACGAGAGGCAGUCGGCCGCCACCACCAGUGGCCCCGACCGCCGGCGCGUGACGGACGCGCUGCACGCCGACGUCGUCGCGUACACGACGUCGGUGCAGUCGACGGUCAAGCAACUGGCCGUGCCGAUCGAAGCGACGAUUGCCCACGUGCGCGCGAGCGUCGUGGCCCUCUGGCCGCAGGCGACCGUCGAGACGUUUGGGUCCUACGCCACAGGGCUGUGGCUUCCCAAUAGUGACGUCGACCUCGUGGUGAUUGUGCGGCCCGCGUCGGAUUGUAGCCAAUCACCCGAUGCGACGCGCACGCCCGCGGACCAGCUGCGGGACCUCGCAGCGCUCUUGCAGACGCAGCCCUGGGUCGCGUCCCUCGUGGUCCUCGACACGGCCAAAGUGCCGGUGCUGAAACUCCUGAGCGCCCACACGGCCGUGCCGUUUGACAUUACGUUCGAGUCGGCCGCGACGCACAGUGGACUGCUCGCGCGGGACUUGAUCCGACGCUACACUGCCAAGAUGCCCGAGCUCUAUCCCCUUGCCAUUGUGUUCAAGCAGCUUUUGCGGGAGCGGGACUUGAACGACGCGUACACGGGAGGGCUGAGCUCGUACUCGCUCGUGCUCAUGCUGAUCCACUUUUCCCAGCUCUGGCGCAACGGCGACGCGUGCUUCCAAGCAGCUGCUGUCUAUGCCUCAGGAGCAAUGCCGCCGAGGCCGUCGACACGUGCAGGCACCACGAACCAGACGAUGACGACAGGACGGAUACAAACUGACGUGGCUCCAGUGGACGGAAGCGCUGCAGACAACGCUACGUCCCACGGGGCCGAUGCGUCGACCAGUGCAGCGCAGCGUCCGACCUUACGUCCUGCAUGCACGACAAUGACUGCACCUACGGAGUCGACUGCUGUGACGUCGCCAGCUCCAGUCUCGUCGUAUGCGACGGUAGUGGCUCGUCCAAUGCAGCAAACGCCGGACGGGGCGUCGCAAGAAGUUUCGGUGAAACGCCGAUUCAGCUAUGCUGCUGUUGCCGCUGGGAUCGUCAACGUAUCGGAGAACAAGCCAGCUGCUGGUCCGCCGUGCAGCUAUGCUGCAGCGCUGACCGCACCCGCAGGGUCGUCGUCCACAGCGGCGGCAAAUGGCAAAACCGUCGUGACGGCCACGAAGCAAGUACAGGAUACGCGCUUGUUGGACGCAAUGAGCGUUUCCAGCAGCAGCGCAGACACGGAAGACUCGAGUUCGUCGUGCAGCCACUCUUCUUUGCUGGACAGUGACGACGAGUCGGCCAAAGUGUUGUCUCCUUUGCCUCCGGCGUCACUUGGCGAGCACAUUAUGACGAUCCUCGAGUUCUUCGGCAUGAUUUUCGACUACAGCAAGAACGGGAUGUCUGUGCGCGAUGGAGGGUAUAUUUACAGACUCGCGGACAGCCAUCGCUCGCAAGUUGGCAAGCCAGCGCUCGUGAUUGAAGACCCAAUCCACCCGGACCGCAACGUGAGUGCGAGCAGCUUUGCUUUUUUCAAGGUCGUGGCGCUCUUCGAAGACUCUUUCUAUGCCGUAAAGUACUACCGCGCAUCAAAGUUCACUCCAUCGGCCUUGAGCUGUUUGCUUGCUACAGCAGGCCGCACGAAUACUAGUUCCAGCGACGCGGGGUCAUAG